UCCAGGAGAGCCCCGUGUGCUGCUCCAGGAGGGAGGCACCACGUGUGCUUUGGCGUGCUGGGAGAAGCCUGUUUUGUUCUUUCUUUUUUUUGUGUAAUAACAUCUCCUGUCUUCAUCUCCACGGUUUAAGCAACUAUUGAUUGCAGAACAGUGCCUGAAGCAGGUCCACCAUGCCGUUAGUAACGAGGAACAUUGAGCCAAGGCACCUGUGCCGUCAGACGUUGCCUAGCGUUCCGAGCGAGCUGGAAUGCGUGACCAACAUCACCCUGGCAAAUGUCAUUCGACAGCUGGGCAGCCUGAGUAAAUCUGCAGAAGACAUAUUUGGAGAGUUGUUUACUCAAGCCAACACCUUUGCCUCUCGGGUGAGCAUUCUUGUCGAGAGAGUUGACCGCUUGCAAGUCAAAGUCACUCAGCUGGAUCCCAAAGAGGAGGAAGUCUCCUUGCAAGGCAUUAACACCAGGAAGGCCUUCAAAAGCUCCACAACUCAGGACCAGAAGCUCUUUGACAGAGAUUCUCUCCCUGUGCCUGUCCUCGAAACCUACAGGACCUGCAAUACCCCUCCACCUCUCAACAUCCUCUCACCUUACAGGGAUGAUGGCAAAGAGGCACUUAAAUUCUACACAGAUCCUUCAUACUUCUUCGACCUUUGGAAGGAGAAAAUGCUUCAGGACACCAAGGAUAUCAUGAAGGAAAAGCGGAAACAUAGGAAAGAGAAAAAGGAGAAUCCCAACCGAGGAAACGUGAACCCACGGAAAAUCAAAACCCGGAAAGAGGAGUGGGAGAAGCUGAAAAUGGGACAAGAAUUUGUGGAGUCAAAGGACAAGCAGGGCCCUGCUGGGUACCCCUCCAACAUGGUGUACCAGAACGGCAGCAUCGGCUCCAGCGAGAGCAUGGACGGGAGCUGCUACCCGCCACCGCCACAGACUGACUCCAUUGUGCCACCACCUCCCUCGUUCCCAGAUGACAGCCUGCCUCCACCCCCGGUGGAAUUUAGCUAUCCUGUAGACAACCAAAGAGGUUCUGGUUCUGGAGGGCCCAAACGAUCCAGCCUGGUUAGCCCGAGCCACCCGCCGCCAGCCCCUCCGAUCGGCUCUCCCUCCGCAGCCAGGCCGGGCUUUGCUCCCCCUCCAGCUCCUCCUCCACCACCACCACUGAUGGAAAGCACCCCCCCUCCACCACCCCCCAUGGGCUUCCCCUCCCGGACCCCGCCGCCGCCCCCGCCUCCUCCGGGCCCACCCCCGCCGGCUUCCAGCGGCCUGGAGGGCCCCCCACCGCCCCCUCCGCCCUCUGACACCUCCACAUCCAAGCCCAAGUCAUCCUUGCCCGCGGUGAGCGACGCCAGGAGUGACCUGCUGUCGGCUAUUCGGCAAGGCUUCCAGCUGCGCAAGGUGGAGGAGCAGCGGGAGCAGGAGAAGCGGGACGUGGUGGGCAACGACGUGGCCACCAUCCUGUCGCGCCGCAUCGCGGUGGAGUACAGCGACUCCGAGGACGACUCCUCCGAGUUCGACGAGGACGAGUGGUCGGAUUAGCCGCGCUCCCACCCCCUCCUUCCCCCUCUCCCGGCUUCGCUUCUCGCCGGAUCCCUUUCAUCCCGUAACCAAAGAUGUGCCAAGGGUUUCCAGACAAGCAGCAGCGUGUCUCCCCUCUCGCUGCCCCUGCAGCCUUGGCAGGACUCUGCCUUUCCCGAAGGUCCCUCGCGGGCACCGAGGAUGCGGCGUUGGGAUUUAGCUGGAGGGGGUGUGACGGUUGCUUAUUUGAAAGAGAGCUAAACCUCCAGAUUUUUGAUGCCACCAGGCAGAGCACAUAUAAACCCUCCAUCCUGAGGGAUUUUUAAAGCAAAGAUGGAUGAUCCUGUUGUGGCCAUGUGGCCUUUUGGAUGAAGGACAUUUUCAGCUGGUUUUCUCAGUGCAACAGCAGACAGUUGAUCUGAUGGCUCUUCCUUGCCAGUGAAUACUGGUAGUGCUGCAAGAAAAUGGGCUUUAAAUGUCAGUUCUCUGCUGCAUCCCACUGUCAAAUAAUCAGGUUUUUGGCAAUAGUGCACAAUUCUUUCCCCUUGACCCCUGAGUAUUAAUUCCAGAUCACCCUGUGUGGGGUGCAUUUCCCAGCUCCGAGGGUGCUGAGUGCCUUGGGUGCAGUGUCAGGAGAGACUUUUUUUAUUUUAGAAGCUGCCUUUACCUUCCUCAAAUCUCCUGCUUUGCCAAGAGGAGACUUGCACAGAGGGAUGUAAAACCAGGGCAGGGUGCUUGUUCAGCUUGCCACUCUUGGGAAAGCAGAGCCACUGCCCCACUGAGACACAUCUGUGGUCAGCUCUGAGCGGUGGCCAGACCUCGCCGGGCUGAUUCUCUCCAAUUCAUGCUGAGACUGUGUUUUAAAAUUCCAAAUCCAGUGCCUGAGACAGGGAGAUGAGGUGGGGAGGGUUCUCUGAGCACCAGGCACUGUGGUGGUCUUUGGCCUGCCAGGGCAGUUUGAGAGGUGCUUUUCUUAGCGGGGUGACCGUACUUUUAACACAGGGACUUAAAUGCUGGUAUUGCCUUUGCUUCUUCUCCCUUCCCCCUGGGGAGGGGAGUCUGUGUGCCUAAAAACAUCCUGUGUGUGAGCUGAGUUGCCCAUCAGUUGCAUCAGAUCUAACCUACCCUAAUUUUGUUAUUAUAAUUCAUUAGUUAAUUUUAAGAGAACGUUUUUUCUCCUCACUAACCCUGUGAAUUAAUUCCCAGGCUGCUCACUAUAGAUCCAGUACUGGCAGGGGAAAAUGGGGAAUUUGAACUAGCUGACCUCGGUUUUAUUGCUGUUUUAUGUUACCUUACAUAGAAUAUGAGCAUAUCUUGGAAAUCUAACCCAGAUACCCCUGAUGUGUAUUUUAAUUUGGACAUGACUCACUGAGGGUCAUGCAAAAAGCAAUUCCAAAGCCUUUUUGAGGUUAUGGGUCCAGCUGUUGUGGGAUGUGUGUCCCACUAAGACCAACUCUCCCAUCUUUUUGCCUUUCCUAAAGUAUUUCACCAGCCUGUGCCUGUCUCUCUUCCCUGCCUCGCCUCCUUUAAUGAUGUUGCUGAUACCUGGAACGCUGGGCUCUGCCCGAGGCUGGCUGGAAAUCCUGCUUGGGAGUUGAUUGAUGGCUUCAGCUUGUGCCAUCGAGUUCUUACUGAUUCCUUGUGUGUGUGUGUGUGUUAAUCUUGGCUGGGGCAGAGCUGGCCUGGAGGAUGGGCUCAGGCUGGGACCCUGUGAGGCCCCAGAGGCUCCAGCACCAUGGGGUUUUGUCUGCAGGCAGAUGCAGAGGGCGUGGGCAGCCAGGCAUCCCAGUGGGCUGGGAACUCCUGAGCAGCACUAGUGCCAGGUUCUGGAAGAGGGAACAAACCCCUGGAGUGCAGGUGAGCCGUGCUGCAGUGGAGAGACUUGGAAAUGCAAAGGGAUGGUUGCUGCAAGCUGGGUGAGGGGACGAGAGAGGCACUGCCUCGUUCUGCUGCUCUUUCUGCCAGCAUCCUCCUCCGGCUGCUCUGAGAGAUGUUCCCAGGAAAAACGGGCCCUGAGCUAACCUGGGCUGACAGCAGGAUCACACAGGGAGGAGAGGCCUGCAAAUGCCAAACCUGGCUCAGUCUGAGAUUGCAUUAACUAGACUUAGCCCUCGUUGGGAAAGGGGAGCCAGUCUUCCUGUCACCUGAAAUUCCAAGAAGUGCCAUAUUCCCUGAGCCCCAUGGACGGUGUGCCAGGCAGGGCCGUGCCUGGGCGCUGGGGACACGUCCCUCACACUGCCUCUUGCACAGGGAUGCUGCUGUGUGGGCACGGGUGGAGGUGGCUCCUCUGGCCUCCAGGCAACAGGAGGGACACUGCCUUGUCCCUGCAAGCCUGCAGGAAACACCCUCUGCUCCAAAUCCCAUCCCAGGGCAGGCUUCAAAAUGCAGGAUCCUAAACAGAACGGUUGUGGACAGGUAGAGGAGGUUGGUUGAUGGAGUGUUUUUUAAAUCUCCUUUGAUUCCUGCCUUUUGUUUUUUUCCUAAAUCUUUGAUUGCCUUAGCCUGUUGGGGAUCCCUGAGAAGCAGCUGCUCUAGAGAGGGACCAUCUCUGUGUCCUUGCAAAAUCGCAGAGCUCUGGGCCACCAAGUGAGCUCAAUGUUUUUGAAAGCAGUAGGGGAGGAGGAGAGGUGCCAAAACCAACCUUUGCAAGACAGAGCAGCCGCGCUGGAGGUACAGGGCUGCCCUACCACCUUUGCCCCCGUGCUGGGGGCUCUUGCUCCUUCCUCCCCUUUCCUGGGGCUGGGGCGACCCUCAGGCAAUCCCCAAAGCCCGGGGCACGGGCUGUGCUCCCCCUUGCAGCCGUUCCCCCACCCUGGGGGCUGCAAGCUCCCUUCCCUUGCCUUCCCUGGUUAAACAUUCUGGCGGUGUCCUCGGCCGCGGUGCUCGGCUGCUGCUCCCGGCUCAGCCCGUGACCUUCACUGCCUCUCCUCUGCUCUCCUCCAGAGCCGGCCAGGGGGCUCCCGAGCUCCCCCGUGGCUGAGGGAUCAUUUCAGGGAAAGGGUAGAUUGGAUUUUAUUUUUUUUUUUCAGAAGGUGAACUUAUUUAACGUGUUUCUUUUGGAAGUCCCUGCCCUGGAGGGGCUCUGGGACGGAGCUGCCUGGCAGGGCAGAUGCAGCUGCCCCGGGUCAGGUUUCACUGCUGUUGGAUUUCGGGGGUGCUUUCUUCUCUUCCUUUUUAAACAAAGCCUUGAAGUGGAAGUGGAUCCGAUGUUUUUAUUACUGUAUUAACAUUCAUUUUAAUUCACUUCAGAAACUAACCCAUUUUUCUUCCUGAUUAGAAUGUCAUAGAAUUAGACAAGCUGUAACCCCUCCUGAAGUGCCUUAUUUUCCUACAUGAUAUAAAUAUAUUUAUAAGAGUAAUUAUUCCACUUAUAUCUUAGGGGUUUAUUGCUGAGCAGGAGAUAAGGUGGGAGAGGAGGGAUGGGAAGUGCCCUCCACGGACCCAGCCAGGCUGGGGUCGGAAGGGCGGCGUUUGAUGGAAACUCUCAGGGUGCAGGGGGUUCCUCACUUCAGACCAAAGGAGUUUCAGCAGUGAAACUCUGCUUAGAAAGAAGAAAAAAGGACGAAAAACCCCAAACAUGUGAGCAAAAUACUGUAGAUUUGUCAGUUGUUUUUUUUUUACCCCUGCAAAACAAACACUGAUGGCCGGACUCUGCAGGGAGGCAGUGGGUGUGGGGGAUCAGAGCCUGCCCCUGGUCCAUCCUUGCACAUCCCAGUGCAGACUCUGCCUUCUGUACCCCCGUGUAAUGUCUGUGCUUUUCCCUGUCGGUUGCUGUAUAAGCCAGAUUUCCUGCUGCUUUGUUUUGUUGUUUUUAAUAAUCAGCUCAGUAACCCCUGGAUGAAGAUCCCAACUGCAAAUAUUUUGUAAUGUACAUGUAUAAAAAAAAAAAAAGAAAUAAUUUUUUUUUGAUUCUUUUUUAAAACUUGAUAAAAUCUUUC